AUGGAUCCACCGUCCUUAAAAGCCAGUCAAUCAGGGCCCUUCAGAUUCCCUGUUCCAGAAGACAUGCACACCGUCUCCCCCAUCCCCGAUUUCGACGACGACUCCAAGGUCCAGCAGUACAUGCAGGACAGGCGUGUCAUUGGCUAUGACCCCCUCGUCCAGCCUGCACUCCUCCGACAUGAUAUCACCUCCACGACCAACGCAAAGAAGACCAUCGCGUCUGCCCGCUACAACUCUGCCCGCAUCCUCGCCGGCCAGGACGACCGGCUGCUCGUCGUCGUCGGGCCCUGCUCAAUACACUCCCCCGAGCAGGCCAUCGAGUACGCCAACCUCCUCAAGGCCAAGAUCCCCGAGCUCCCCAACCUUCUCAUCGUCAUGCGCGCUUACUUUGAGAAACCAAGAACCACCGUCGGCUGGAAGGGCCUCAUCAACGACCCCGACAUAGAUGGCUCGUUCAAGAUCAACAAGGGCCUGCGUAUGGCCCGCCAGCUUCUCUGCGACCUCACAGAUCUCGGGGUACCUGUCGGCUCAGAGCUGCUGGAUACCAUCUCCCCACAAUACAUUGCCGAUUUAAUCUCCUGGGGUGCGAUUGGUGCGCGUACCACCGAGUCGCAACUUCAUCGUGAGCUCGCCUCCGGUGUCUCCUUCCCCAUCGGCUUCAAGAAUGGCACCGACGGAAGCGUGACCGUCGCCAUCGACGCCAUGCACUCCGCAUCGAACCCGCACGCGUUCAUGGGUGUCACCGAGCAGGGCCUCGCCGCCAUCGUCAAGACGCGCGGCAACAAGGACGUGCACGUCAUUCUCCGUGGCGGGACCAAGGGCCCGAACUUCGCCUCCGAACACGUGCGCAAGGCAGCCGAGGACAUCGCGAAGAAGAGCAAGGGCAUGACGAACUCGGACGGCGGGGCUCCCUUUGCGAGCAUCAUGGUAGAUUGCAGCCACGGUAACUCGCAGAAGAACCACAACAACCAACCCCUCGUCAUCGCUGACAUCUGCACCCAGCUGAGCGCGGGCGAGCGGCACAUCACCGGCGUCAUGAUCGAGUCGCAUAUUAACGAGGGCCGCCAGGACGUGCCCCCCGCCGGCCCCUCCGCAUUGAAACACGGCGUCAGCAUCACCGACGCGUGUGUCGACUGGGAACGGACGGCCAAGAUGCUCGAGCAGCUGGACGCGGCGGUGAAGAAGCGCCGGGAGUACUUGAUUGAGAAGGGCAUGGAGAGGCCGGCGGCGUUCAAGAGGGCCCAGGCUGAGCUGUAG